GGGCUUUUGUAGUGAAAAUCAGGGUAGCAUGUUCUUACAAGGAGUAAACUUAAGUCGGUGGAGCCUUUAUAUAUUGAAUUCAACACUAAUGUCAAACAGUAUUAAGAAGAUAUUUGAAAUUUACUUGCUGAGCUUUUCUCAUAGUUUUGUGAACUAACUUGUGAGUACAAGAAGACAGAGAUCAUGGGUUCUUUGAUGCCAGGGUGGGAUUCUCCUAGGUCUGGUGGGAUAGAGAAAAGGAAGUCCUCCACUCAGGAAGAGAUAGAGAACUUUUGGAAGAUCAAGAGGGAGGUUGAAGAGGAGCAUUUGAAGGCAGCUACAGAGACCGUCUCAACAAUUUCAGAGGAUGAUACUCUGAUAAGUAAAAUUUUGGGCAGUGGCAAACAGGCAUUCUCUGCUAAACGUCCAGCUUGUUUAGAAAUAAGCAACAGCUUUUCAGAUAGAGACAGUGAAGAUGCUCAAUUUGUGAAAGAUGAGGAUUCAUUGAGGAACAAGAACCUGACCUGGUGGACAAGAAGCAAGUGGGCAUUUUUGAAUGAGCCUCCACUGUCAGAAAUGGAGGGACCUGCACAUAAAUAUACUGCUCAGCAUCAUGUUGCUAUGAUUGGGGACCAAAAACAGGGCUUCUCCACAGAUGUAAUGGCAGCCACUUAGACAAUAUGAAAAGUUUGUAUAUAAAUAAUUGAUAAAGGAUGUACAACUGUAAAUAUAAUAUUGGUUUCUACAAGGCAGUCAAGAUAGAUAAUAUUGUGAAGUUGGAAAGCAUUUCAAGAAGUUAGAACUGUAUGGGGCUACAAUUUUGUGUGCUUGCAUGGAUAAAGAUGAAGGAAAGGGUAUUUAAUGUGAUAGCAUGGAUAAAGAUGAUGAAAAAGUUAUUUAUGGGUGCUGGCAGGAAGAGUUUUAACUUUCAACUUUCUUUGAAAUAACAGUGUCAGGUAUAAACUAUAAAGUAGUGGGAAAGCAACUGAGAUGUUAUGGAUUCCAAUGGUGACCAUCUCUUUAUGCUGCUGGUAUGGAUAAAGAUGAAGAAAAAGGCAUGUCUUGAUACAUAAAUUUUGUGUGAUUUGUUAAGUUUAAAAGAAGGCUAGGGUUGUGUUAGUCUUGUCUUCCUUGUAAGCUGACCUUUAAGGCGAAGAUGGAAGAACUCUGCAACUUUUGGUUAAGUUCAGAUUUACUAUAGGAUUCUGUUGAAGAUCAAAACAAUUGUUGGUAAUUUGUAUGUUAAGUUUAAAAGUAUGCUAGAGUAGUGUGCUAGUCUUGUCUUCCUUGCUGACCUUUAGGAAAAAGAUGGAGGAACUCUCCAACUUUUGGUUAAGUGUAGUUUUACUGUAAGAUUCUAUUGAAGAUAAUGUUUAUAGACAAUUUAGAGAUCUUUAUGCUUUUUGAAUA